AUGGCGCAUUGCUCUCUGCUCGACACAACCACAACCACAACCUCCUCAGCGCGCACCAUGGCCGACGACAGCAAAGGCAGCCGCAUCGCCAUUAAAUUCGGCGCCCCGUCAUCCUCCGCUUCCCACUCCUCCAAGUCCAAGCCCAAGCCGACUCCCGCCUCCUCUCUCGGCAAGCGGCCACGCACCCAUGCCUUUGGCGGCGGCGGCGACUCUGAUGACGACGACGACAAAAAGCGCGGCCAGCACGAAGCCAUUACCGGCUUUGGCGUCAAUGGUGCCGAGACGGAGCGCUCUAAGAGCAAAGAGGAGGCGAAGAAGAAGGAGUACGUGAUUGCGCGGCAGCCCAACCGCGACUGGCGCGACGAGAUACGGGAGCAGCGCGGCGCGCGGCGCAGCAAGAACUUAUUACCGGCCGAAGCACGCGCAGCGGCAGCGCAAAAUGGAGUAGCAGGGAGCAGUAUGGACACGGCACCGGCGGAUCAAGACUCGGGAAUACAAUGGGGCCUAACGGUCAAGGAGAAGAAGCCAGCCGAUACGGAAGCGUCGAGUGCAGUCGCAGCCGAUGACAACGAUAAUGAUGAUAAGGACACGCCAAAGCAAGCUGAGCCUGCGCCACCACCUCCGCCCCAAUCCGCCGACGACGAGGCCAUGGACGCGCUCCUCGGCAAGCGUCCCGCCAAGGACACGCCCAAAGUCAUCGUCACCGAAGACGACGCCUACACGCGGGACGUGUCCGCCGCGGGCGCCACCUCCACACUCGCCGACUACGACGCCAUGCCCGUAGAGGAAUUCGGCGCCGCGCUUCUCCGCGGGAUGGGCUGGAACGGCGAACUCUCGUCGACGUCGAAAUCCAACAAGGCGCGGAUGCCGCAGCGACGCCAGAACCGGCUUGGCCUCGGCGCGAAAGCACUCAACGAGGCCGAGGAUCUCGGCGGCUGGAACCAAAAGGGUCCGGGGGCGGCGGGAAAGAAGAGGCCGCCGAAGCUGGCGGAUUACAGAAGGGAAGAGGAGAGGAAGAGGGAGAGCCGCGGUGAUGGUGGUGGUGGUGGUAGUGGGCGGGGGGAGAGCUAUAAGCGGGAGAGGGAGAGGGAGAGGGAGGAGCGGCGCAGAGGGGAUGGAGAGCGCGAGCGUGGAGGGCAUAGACAUGGAGACUGGGAUAGGGAGAGGGAGAGGGAGCGUCAUCGUGGGUAUGAUCGAGACCGCAGACGGUAA